AUGGAAGACCUAGAUGAUGUGUGCAUUAGCAAGGAGUUCCCAGACCAUAAAGUCCAGAUUGGAACAAAGCUUACACCUGAGUUUCGAGCCAGGCUGAUCGAAUUCUUAAUCAAACGCCAUCACUGCUUUGCAUGGUCCCAUGAGGACAUGACAGGUAUUGAUUCUAACAUUAUUGUUCACAAGUUGCAGGUUGACCCUGAUUACCCACCGGUCAGGCAAAAAAGACGUAAAUUUGCACCCGAUCGCAACAAGGUGAUAAAUGAAGAGAUACAAAAACUAAUCGACGUGGGAUCAGUCAGAGAGGUUGAUUAUCCUAACUGGUUAGCAAACGUAGUAGUUGUGAAGAAGAAGAAUGGAAAAUGCAGGGUAUGUAUCGACUUUACUGAUCUCAACAAGGCAUGUCCGAAGGAUUCGUUUCCACUUCCUCACAUUGACAUGAUGGUAGACGCAACAGCCGGACAUGAAUUUUUGAGUUUCAUGGAUGCCUUCUCUGGUUAUAACCAAAUCUUAAUUCAUCCCAAUGAUCAAGAAAAAACAUCAUUCAUAACUGAGCGAGGGACUUUUUGCUACAAAGUCAUGCCGUUCGGACUAAAGAAUGCAGGGGCCACGUACCAAAGGCUGGUAAAUCGAAUGUUUGCCGACAUGCUUGGAAAGAGGAUGGAAGUUUACAUUGACGACAUGCUUGUCAAAUCUUUAGCAGCACUCAGCCGUUUCAUUUCAAAGUCAUCCGACCGCUGCCACUUAUUCUUUUCAACUCUUAAAAAGACCAAAGACUUUGUGUGGGCGGAGGAAUGCGAAGAAGCGCUAAGACAACUCAAGAGCUAUCUCAGCUCCCCUCCACUCCUAGCAAAGCCUAAGGAUGGAGAAACGUUGUUCAUGUAUCUGGCAGUUUCAGUAGCAGCGGUCAGCGCUGCACUAGUUCGAGGAGAUGAAGGAAAGCAACAACCGAUUUACUAUGUUUCGAAGACAUUGCUAGAUGCUGAAACAAGAUACACUAAAUUGGAAAAAUUGGCCUUAGCGCUUGUCACAGCAGGAUGCAAGCUCAGGCCCUAUUUCCAGUGUCAUCCUAUAGUGGUGCUAACCCAAUACCCACUCCGUAGCAUUCUACACAAACCAGAACUUUGUGGACGCAUGACCAAAUGGGCUGUUGAGCUCAGUGAAUACGACAUAACAUAUCAACCGAGGACAACCAUCAAGUCACAGGUAUUGGCAGAUUUUAUCGCUGACUUUUCUUGUGUUGGACAGGUACAAGCAGAAAAGGAAUUAUUAUGCUUAAACGAGCAAACCAACUCGACAUGGAUGGUAGCAGUAGAUGGAUCAAGCAAUAGUAAGGGGAGUGGCCUAGGAAUCGUCCUUACCUCCCCUCAAGGAGAUGUUAUCCAGCAGGCGAUCAGAUGUGACUUCAAACUUACCAUCAAUGAGGCUGAAUACGAGGCGUUGAUCGCUGGGCUAGAUCUAUCCAUUGAGUUGAAUGCCAAAACCAUUGAAGUCAUGUCAGAUUCUCAACUUAUCGUAAACCAACUCAACGGGUCAUACCAGGCCAAAGAUUCAAAAAUGGCAUCCUAUCUCCAGAUUGUUCAAGAUCAGAUUUCAAGAUUCACAAAAUUCACCAUUAACCAAGUGCCGAGACUAGAGAACAACCACGCCGACGCUCUUGCUAAUCUCGGCUCAUCCAUUCAAAUCAAAGAUGGAGUCACCAUUCCUGUGGUGAUAAUGCAAUGGCCAGCGACAUGGAAACCCAACGAAGAUGUAAAAAGUCUGAAUGAACAAGACAACUGGAUGAAGCCAAUAAUGCAGUACCUAGAGGAUGGAACCUUACCGCAUGACAAGAACGAGUCAAGAAAACUAAGAGCUAAAGCGGCCAGAUUUACACUAUACAAUAGGAAACUCUAUAGAAGAUCAUUCUCAGGGCCAUUACUCAGAUGUCUAUUACCAGCUGAAUCCAAUUACAUUCUCCAAGAGCUACAUCAAGGUGCAUGCAGAAACCACUCAGGUCAUCAGAGUUUAUGCAACAAAGCUCUAACAAUAGGCUACUAUUGGCCAACCAUGCGAGCGGACUCCUAUAAUUUUGUUCAACAAUGCGACAAGUGUCAAAGGUUUGCUCAAAUAUCUCAUUUACCUCCAGAGAAGCUCCACUCUUCACUUACACCAUGGCCAUUUAUGAGAUGGGGGAUCACAUUGUAG